AUGAGACUCAUAUCGAGAAGAAGGUUGAGAUUUUUCCUUUAUGUGUUAAUAGGUUUCAUAAUGGUCACAAUUAUUACUCGUGGUAUUGUUCAGUUCCAAUUAAACAAAGAGAUUAAGUACUAUAAACGUUUUUUUAAAGAAAACAAAGACUCAUUAGAACAGAUGUUUAAUCCUCUGGAAAUUAAACAGAUUCCAGAAGAAGUGAUUGAUAGCCUAUACAGUGAAACUUUAAGUCGGGCAUCCAAGACCAACAAAGGCAUCAACUGGGAUAAAUUUGCAUAUGUGAACUAUGUUACAGAUGCCAGUUACCUAUGUAACACAUUAAUCAUGUUUAACAAGCUGAAAACAGAAUUUCAAACCAAGGCCAAACUGGUGCUUUUGGUUACAAAAGACUUAAUCGAGGACAAUGCAACUAACAAGGAAAAAAACAUAUUAAUGUUAGCAUCCAUAAAGAAUGUUGAUAGCGAACAAGUGCGUAUCAAGUAUGUGGACAACAUCGUCAAACCUAAGGAUUAUACUCCUUGGAAUGAAAGUCUGACAAAACUGCGUGUGUUUAAUGAAACCGACUUUGAUAGAAUAAUAUAUAUGGAUAACGAUGCUGCUUUAACUGCUAAUCUUGAUGAGUUAUUCUUCUUACCACAGUAUAUCAAAUUUGCUGCUCCAAUGACGUAUUGGUUUAUAUCGCAAAAUGAUCUAAAAGAGGCAUAUCAUGAGUUGCAGCAUGAUGAUCGUAUUACCUUGAAUUUGAACAAUUAUAACAAACAGACUAUAUCUAGAAUCAAGAAAGGUAAGAUGAUCUAUAAUCAUCUACCAAGUCUGCCCUCAUCGCUCUAUUUGAAUUCUAAAAACGUUGCUCAAGAAAUAAUAAGCUCAACGUCAUCUGCAUCUCCUUUGUUUGAUUUCCAUACAAGCAAAAAGGCUAGCAAAAUAAAGUUUGCCUCUAAUAUUAUGGUCAUCAAGCCUUCCAAAGAAACAUUUGAUAAAAUUCUGUAUGAACUAUUGCCCAGGGCUUUGACCAAGAAAGAAAUGUACGAUAUGGAUUUAAUCAAUGAAGAAUUAUACAACUUGAAAAAAAUUGUUUACUAUCAGUUCAGUCUUUUUAGAAAGUUGAAAAGUGAGUUUAUCCCAGAAGUCAUGGUUUUACCAUUCGGCAGAUAUGGUUUAUUAACGGGAUCAUUAAGAAAUAAAAAUCAUUACUCGAUGAUCUCGAAUGACAUUUUAGGUUAUAAAAGAAUGGAUAAUGACGGGAAUGAACUGCUGGGUUUGGAUAAAUCAGUAGCAGAUGCAAAGUACAUCCAUUUUUCGGACUAUCCAAUUGGCAAACCUUGGCAUUACGUUUCAAUCAAAGAAUUUGAGUGUGUGCCGGAUGCAGAGACCGCGGAGGAUCUUGACCAAGAGACAAAAGCUUGCAAUAUCUGGAACUCAUUUUAUGAUACUUUUAUCCAGGCCAGAAGUAUAUGCAACUAG